GCAGGGUGUGGCUGCAACUAAGAAACAAUUCUAGUAGAACGUCAACAAGAAAUAAAGAUUAGUGUGUGCAGUUCCCAUAAAGCAUGAUGACAACCAGGGCAAGAACAUUCAUAAUUCACAUUCCAACAAGAAAUGGAAGGUACAAGGAAGAUCGGCACUCUAAGAAAAGCCAGUAAAAAUACGGCCCAAACUACAGUACCAUGGUAAUACGAAGGAAUUUUCAUUAUUGAUUUUUCAGGUGUUUUCCCUUAUUUUGAAUUUCGCAUUGCAUUGUGCUGUGUUUUAGGGUGAAAGGAAAUGUCUGUAAACUGAACAGAUAAUAUCCUGGCAGAAAAUGACCAGUACCUUUUACAUUUUUUCUUUUUUUUCUUUAAAAAAUGUGGUGAGAAAGACAGCGUGGAGGCUGGAAACUAUGCAGAGAAUAUAAGCAUGCUUUAUUUUUUUUUAAUUUAAGGGUAAAUAAUAAACAGUUUUAAAGAAUGCCUUUAGUUUUGCAUUUUAAAAAUAUGAAAUAUAUUCUUUCCAGUACUCACAGAGCAACACUUUCUGCUUUUUUGCCACCUUGAUAAAUAAAUAAAUAGUACUAUCAAGCUUUCCACAUAGUAUUACAUGUGUUUCAACCUGAACACAUUUUCUUUUAGGCAUUAUUCACUAAUGUAUUUGUUAAUUUAUUAUUUAUUUUAAUUGAUCAGCACUGAAAUAUUUCAACCUGGUGUGAAAUGAAUUUAAUGUAAACAUGUGAGAUGGACCAGAUCCUGGUGCUCCAAACUGAGUGGCAAAGCAAUCACAGAUCCAGAUCCAGCUUGGAUAAUUCUCAGAGAAUGUUGUGGCUGUUGGUUGUACAAAGAAUGCAUCAGUAAAAUCUGAAAGAAUCCAUGAGCGCAUAUCUGAGUGCAGUUUGUUCAUUGCUAGGCAACUGUACAACUUCUUAACUGUAGGGAGAACUGAACCUAUGUGCUUUAAAUUUGUUUUUAAGUUAAAUGUUGUAAAUCAUACCUCAGACAUAUGUGUGUUUAUAUGUUGUGUUGUUGUAGAUAAAUAUGUUUUUUUUCAUGUUUUGUACACUUUGUUUUACUUUAUACAGACAAAUACAGACCUUGUGCACAGAAAAGUGUAAUGUAAGAAAUGUAAAUUGUGAUUCCAAAUCAUAUUCCUGCAAUCUGUCUUGCAAAUAUUUAUGAUUGCCUGUUCACUGUUUGUUUGUGCAUAUGUGUGUUUGCUUGGAGAUUUCUGUUUGGGGUCUGUGAAAUCCAUUUAGUCAUUUUUUAGUUUCCCUGUUGUCCACUGCACCAAAGAAAAGGGAAAUCUUAUUCAGAACAUCCAGGGAUACGAGGACGUACGCCUACACAAACUGUUAGAUUUAGAUUUUCUGUAAAGGAGGUAAAGCAACCAUGACCAGAUGGACCAGCAGAAGUGUUUUGUUCCUGGUUAUAAUCUUCCUGCUGAUGCCUCUGACUUGGACACGGAGAGGAGCACCAGCUGAGACAUAUAAAACCUUAAACCAAAGACUGAGAAGGCUGAAUCAGCAGUUCAUGAGAUUUCAACAGAUGACCUUCACUCAUCUUCAGAGCAUUGCUGAAAACUACAACAUUUCAAACAGCAUUGACUCUCGAUUUCAAGUUUUGAGUCUGCAAUUUGAGAGGAUCUCCAGAGAGCUCCGUGCAUUUAAAGAAACAACAGAGCGCAGUCUGAAGUCCCUCAAAUCCUGGACUAAGAGUCUACAGAAAAAGACUAAGAGGCUUGACUCCAUUCUAGCUAACAUGACAAGAGCUUUGAGGGAGAACAACCAUCUCAACCUCAGACAAAUCCAAAAACAGAGAACAGUGCUCUCUGACCUGUCCCACAAGAUCCAGAACCAGCAAAGUCGCAUCGGCUCUUUGGAGUCUUUGAGGAAUCAGGUUCAACAUGGGAUGCAGGAUCUUCGGGCCUCUCUCAAAAGGCAUCAGACCCAGAUAAUGAAGUUGGAGAGUCAGAUGGAAGGGUUGUCUAAGAUCAUUCCAGCUUCCAAGGCAGGAGUUUUAGAUCCCCCCAAUUCUAUCAGGAAGCAACAAGGUGUGGUUCUGAGGCAUGUCCAGCCUAAACCGAAGCCUGAAGAACAAAGAAUGAGAGAUCGAUUGCCAACUUCUGGGCCCACCAAACAACCACAGACACAUAAAAUAGGACACAGACAACAGCAACCCUGGCAGAGCACUGUACAACCAACAGUUCAGGCUGAAGAGGAACUUUUUCAGCUUCCUCUUCGACACAAAAUCCCACAUAUUCAAGCCCCAAAGGAAGAGGCCAGAAUUUGCAAUGUGGGUUCGAUGCUUCUGUUCCCGUCUGCUUCCACUGAAAAUUAUCUCACCUUCCAGAGGAGAUUCCAAACGGGAAUACAUGAACUCUCUAUCUGCACUUGGCUGAAAGUAGAUGCAAAGUAUGUUGGAACAAUUCUUUCUUAUGCCACAGAGAACAAUGACAAUAUGCUUGUUCUCUAUGGUCGAAAUUCUGACGUACUGGGCUUCAUGGAUUUUGUGAUUGGAGAUCCAGCGUAUUGUGAAUUAUCUUUACAAAAUAUCCUGGAUGGCCGCUGGCACCAUUUAUGCAUCAUCUGGUCUUCCAUUGAAGGCAGAUUUUGGUAUUAUUCAGACAGUCAUCUCGUAUCUACUGGAUCCAAGUUCCAGAAGGGCUAUGAGAUCCCUCCUGGGGGCACUGUGGUCCUGGGGCAGGAACAGGAUUCGGUUGGAGGGGACUUUGAUGAAGCUGAAGCGUUUGUGGGCAGACUGGCUGGCUUUGCGUUUUGGACUAGGACCCUGAGCCCUGGGGAGGUGUCUGGGCUGGCCGCUGGCAAAGGGGUACCACGAGGAGCAGUGCUCACCCUGGAUGAUGUAGACCAGAUGUUUGGCUCUGUUCAGCACAUUACCUGUGAGUGUCUGGAACACUGCAUGUAAAGGCACGACAGAAUCAGCCAGAAAAAACACCUCUGUAUACACAUUGUUUUUAUAUUUCCAUUUACUUUGGUAAAACAACACUGUUUAUUUUCAUUGAUCAUAUUUUACACAUUUGGUCUUACUAAUUUUUGACUAUAAACUUUGCUUUAAAUAAACGUACAUCAUAUUCUUGUUGGUCUACAUUCAGUCAACAGAGUGUCACAAGGCAACUAGAUGUCUUGUUCAGGAAAAAUAUAAAUAAAUGAAUCAACAAA